AGCUGCGUAUCCAUGACAGCCGUAUUAUUGUUGUUGGUGGUGCUAACAUUAGCAAGAAAACCCUCUGAAGUGGCGACAGCUAGCUCCACUAACGUAAUAUUUUAAAAUGUAAACCAAAUUGUUUGGCAGCCUCUGGACCACGCAGUAUGCUAACGUAGUGUAGCAAGGUUACUCUAACAGGAAAUGUCUUUCGAAGAAUUAUACAACGCUGUUCGUGCCUUGUUUUAUCUGUCCGUCCAUGUAACGCUAGCUAGGUUAUAUUUAGACGUAGCCUCCUCCUAGCAUUAGCUGUAACAGUUACAAACAGCGUUAGCAUCUGUAGCCAAAGCCUCGUCCAGCUUCCCCGCACUGAGGGUGUUCAUCUGCGGACUAGAGGAAAUGUCAGACCUCCUUCUGAACUGUUCCCAGCGAGUCCAGGACGUGGAGGCAAGGAUGAGAGACGAGGGCUUGAGCCUCUAAGACGGAGACAAGGGAGGAUGAUUUCACGGUACAGCAGAAGACCUGUAUCGCACAAACUAGAGAUUCGUGGGUUGUCUCGCAGCAGCCUCGACCACCACCCUCUCCCUGAGGAAGCGGACGAUAACCAAACGCCUCAGCGUUACCUCCAUGACCUCCAGGAAGCUGUCUCUGCUCACAACAGUUCAGAGACAUCUGCUGCCUCCGGCCACUCUGACUGUCCCACCGUCAUCUCAGUAGACUCCAGCCAGUCCUGGUCAGGUAUCCACAGCUCCACAGGCACUGGCAUCUCCACCGAGAGGAGCUCUGUUUUCUCCUGGGGCUACGAUGAGUUCGACAAGGCGGCGUCACGGCAGGUGCAGCAAAUGUUUGAGGAGAUCGACAAAGAGCUGUACGAGGGGAGAGGCAGCGGGGGAGGGAUACUCCAGGGGCUGCAGGAUGAAUGUCAGCAGUGGGCCACACGUUUCCCACAUCUUCGGAUUCUGGGGACUCAGCUGAUGUCUCCCUGUGAUGAGGGCUUCCAGUGGUACGCUACUUCAGGGAGAGGCAGCUCUGCUAUCAGCCCAUCAGCAGGCAAAGAGAGCAGUGUGAAAUCCCAGGAGAAAGAUAAGAGUGGCACAGAGUUAAAUGUGCAGGGCAGGAGAGCGAUGAUGAUCAGGUCCUCCUCAGCAGAGUUGGAUGAGGCUCCUGGCACCUCCAGUGGCCCCAGCAGUCAUGACAAGCAGAGAGUGAUUGAGGUCGAGGGUCUGAUGGAGGAGUACCUGGCUUUCGAUAGCAGGGACUUGGAGGACGAGUGGGAGCAGGAUUGUUCAGAGUCGGGUCGGCGGCAUCACUGUCUGCCCCCUGUCUCUCCAUACCGGUGUCGCCGUCAGGCUGUUCUCGACCUGCUGUUUGAUGAUGUGUGGCGACAGCUGGUUGGCUGGAUGAAAGAGCUGGUUCAACGCCACUGGGAAUGCUGCACCUCAAAUGAUGAAAAGAUUUCUGGGAACUUGAGCCCCGUGCAGCAAGACUCCCAGAAUCCCUUCAUGCUGCUCUCCAUGCUGCCCACGAUGCUGCCUAAACUCGGCCAGAGCAGGGUGCCCCCACUCACAGCUGGCCUGCAGUUCCAGAACACAAAGUCAAAGGGCUCAAAGCACAAGUCCAGACGGAAAUCCAAAAAGCAGAAAAGGCCUUCCACUGCUGGAAGGGUCCCAGUAGGAGCAGCAGCGACCCAGCACAACCUGAAUGACCUCAUCGUGAUCCACAGCAUCCCCCUGCAGCAGAGGAACCUGGGUGUGCUGGAUAGAAACCAGGAGCCAGAGGAGCGGGCGCCUCACAGACCAGGCUCCAGCGUGGUCCCCUCCAGCAAACCUCGCCCUCGCCGAACCCUGGAACAGAGCUCUUCCUCGCUGUCCCGCCCGGCACAAUCUGCGCGACGCAGAAACCCUCCUCCCCGGACCCUCCUGCCGCUGGUCCCCAGCCAGAGUCAGGCCAGCGCAGCGGGAUCCAUGGAUGAGGUCAUCCGCGGGACACGUUUACCCACAGCCAACGACCGCCUGACAUCUCCGCUGUUGCCUCUGAGCAGGAAUACACUCCUUCCCCCCAUCAGCACCGGAGACCCAGAGUCAUCUCACUCAGGGCAGCAGUCCAAACCUGCACAGCGUCAGAAAGGCCCCUCCAGCCGCGCCCACAGUGCUAUAAAUGACGAAGCUGGCAGUUCAAUACCAAGGGAUCGUCACCACCUGCUGGACGUGUUCUCUCGCCCCAACACCACUCACACAUACAGGUCGGACACUCCAUACCGUCGAUCCUUCACAGUAUUGGACAACAUCGGGCAGGGGCGGCCAGGCAGAGCCUCUGUGGCCACAGACUCUCUUGGAAUCGGUGUGACCGGCAUCAGUCUUGGCAUUAGCAGCUCGUCUUUCUUGGACUCGUUUUCCCACCACCCCUUGGGGCACUCGCCCAUCAAAGACGAAGAGGAGCCGGACCCACAAGCCCCCGUCCCAGCUCCACUGGUGCCCGUGUCAGUCCCGCCUCGGUCUUACACACGCGGAGGUAUCUCAUCCAGAGCCAGCAGACCUGGCUUGUAGUUUGCCUCCAGACCCGUCAGCCAUUCAUCUUUAUUAGCUACAACGAAGUGCAGCACUUUGCAGCAUCUGUGCCCACUAAACUUUUUUUUUUUUUUUUUUACAGAAGUAGCAGAAUUUUUUCAUAUAAUGCUGCUUUGGUGAAGUUAUUGUUAAGAAGCCUAUUUUUGUAUUUCAGAAAUCAGCUUAUGUGGCUGCCAAACACACAAUUACUCCAUUUCCUUGUACAGUGUGAGCUGUAUGUGUGGACAUUUGUACUACGUAUGUAUGAUCUGAAUGUGUAUAUAUCUAUUUAUAUGUGAAUGUAUAGUAUAUUAUCCUCCGUGGUGUGUUGUUGUGCUGGUAAAUGACUAUGCAGGGAAUGACACAUCCAUCCAGACAGGGAUAGAGAGGAUAAAAAAAAGCACUUUUUUCCCCAUCUCUGAUGCAACAUCAGAGAUUUUGGUACUGUAUCUUUUAUAAUGACACAAUUUUCAACCACCCUGUGUAAAAAACAUAUGAACGCAGAACCUCUCAUUGCACAAAAGAACAAGAGAUGCCACCUUGAACUUUUUUUUU